AUGGUCACAGUUGAGAUUCCUAAGCAGGCCAAAGCUGCCGUCUAUGAUAACCCUGGAAAUGUAUCAACUCAAGUUACUAUGGUCGAUGUGCCAGAGCCAGGAACAGGAGAAGUUCUGAUCAAUUUAACUCAUUCCGGUGUCUGCCAUUCUGACCUGGGCAUCAUGACAAAUACCUGGAAGGCCCUUCCGUACCCUACCCCAGCAGGCCAGGUAGGCGGACACGAAGGGGUAGGCAAAGUCGUCAAACUUGGGCCUGGCGCAGAAAAUAAGGGAAUCAAAAUCGGCGACCGUGUCGGCAUUAAAUGGGUUGCUUCUACUUGUGGAACCUGCCUUGCUUGCUACGAAGGUGCCGAUGCAUGUUGCCCUAACAAUAAAGUCUCUGGAUAUUACAACCCGGGAACAUUCCAGCAGUACGCUCUUGGGCCAGCCCACUACGUCACCCCCAUCCCUGACUCUCUCCCCUCAGACGCAGCUGCUCCCAUGCUGUGCGCAGGCGUCACUGUCUAUUCCGCCCUCAAACGCAGCCGUGCUAGACCUGGCAACUGGGUCGUAGUGUCCGGUGCAGGGGGCGGUCUAGGCCACAUCGCUGUGCAGCUGGGUGCCCGCGGCCUGGGAUUUCGCAUGAUUGGUAUUGACCAUGGAAGCAAAAAGGAUCUAGUGUUAGAGUCAGGGGCGGAGCAUUUCUUGGACAUCACAGAGUUCCCAUCUGAUGAUGGCGGAAAGGCGAUUGGGGAGAAAAUUGCGUCGUUGACGGGAGGGAUGGGUGCUCAUGCAGCUAUUGUUUGCACAGCCUCCAAUGCUGCAUAUGCACAGGCGGUGAAGUUCCUCCGUGCCAACGGGGUCUUAGUCUGUGUAGGCCUCCCAGAGCAUGACCCGGUGCCAAUUGCCACUGCUUUCCCCGCGGCUCUUAUUUUCAAGCAGCUCAGCAUUGUGGGGUCUGCUGUGGGAAAUAGACAGGAGGCGAUUGAAACCAUGGAUUUUGCGGCAAGAGGGAUUAUCAAAACGCACUUUAGGGUAGAGAAGAUGGAAAAGUUGACGGAAGUAUUUGAGGAGAUGGAAAAAGGCCAAUUGCAGGGGAGGGUGGUUCUGGAUCUAUCAUAA